CCCGCGCGGUGCCCCAGGCCUGCAGGCGCGCGGGCCGGUGGGUGGCCCUCCGCUCGCCGUGGUGCCAUGGUGCCGCCGCUGUCACCGCCUCUUUGCACGCUGCCACCGGGCCCCGGACCCCCGCGCUUCGUGUGCUUUUGCGAGGGGGAGGGAGAGGACGGAGACCCCGGCGCCUUCAACCUCUAUGUGACCGACGCGGCGGAGCUAUGGAGCACCUGCUUCACGGCGGACAGCCUGGCGGCCCUCAAAGCCCGUUUUGGCCUGAGCGCGGCUGAGGAUAUCACUUCCCGGUUCAGGGCAGCCUGCGAGCAGCGAGCUCUGACUUUCGUCCUGCAGGAGGACCGAGCAUCCCUCACCCUUUCAGGGGGGCCCUCAGCACUGGAUUUUGCCCUCUCCAAGGUGCCGGGCCCAGAGGCAGCCUCCAGGUUGCAGGCGCUGACCCUGAGGCUGGCAGACCAAGUGUGCACCUUGAGGAGGCAGCUGGCAGCUGCGGAGGUGACAGCUGCCAGCCCCAGAAAGAGCCCUUGUGUGGUGGGGCCUCAGCUCUUCUUACCAGACGUAGAUGCUCAGAGAGGCGGCCCUGGACUCGGGGUCAGGAGGCGGUGUCCAGGAGAGUCCCUCAUCAACCCCGGCUUCAAGAGUAAGAAACCAGCCGGUGGUGUGGACUUUGAGAGCCCUUGAGGGUGCGGCAGAGCACGAUCCCGCCAGCAAUCUGCCUGUGAAGUGGGGACAGCCUCUGAGAGGCAUCUUGCCGGAGGGUCGGGCACGCCUGCUGCCCACACCCCUCCUCUGUCCAAUAAAUGCUUCCUCGCAGGGAGGAACCGGCCACA